GCCACGGAGACGGGAAGCCUUGUACCAGGAGCUACGUUUGCAGCAUACCAACAGAGGAGUGUUGAUGAAGAUGAAGACAUCAAUCAUAUUUGCCUGCCUUCUGGGUGCAUCAUUUGCAGUACCAGUAUAUCAUCAACGAUACGGAUUCUCUGCAAGUAACAGCAAUGAGUUUAUGCGACACAAUGGAAAUGCAUACAACGGAGUUGGAUAUGGGCAGCCACAGGUGCCGUACAUGCCUCCCUAUGUGUACCAGCAACAGCAGCCUGACAUGGGUGUGCCAUCCCAACUGCCCCUUAACCCUCAGGUAGCUGGAGGAGCCGGACAAGGACCCAUGCAACCACAGGGGCCUCUGCCUCCUCAGGUACUCCUGCCCCCACAGGGGCCUCUACCUCCUCAGGUACUUCUGCCCCCACAGGGGCCUCUACCUCCUCAGGUACUCCUGCCACCACAAGGGCCUCUACCUCCUCAGGUACUUCUGCCCCCACAGGGGCCUCUGCCUCCUCAGGUUCUCUUUCCACCCUCCCAGAAGGACCAGUCACCUAAUGCUCCUCAGCAACCACAACAGCCCAACCAGAUGCAGCCUUCCUACUACCCCCCUGUAGUAUUCCCUCAACAGACAGGAGGACAGGGCAUGCCUUACUACAUAGGCUAUGGUUACCCACAACCAAACCAACCGGCUGUCUGGCAGCCAACACAGGAACAAGCCCAGCAGCAUCUGGAGCAGCCAACACAGACGUCCCAGCAGCCAUUGCAGGAAAGCACAGCCAAACAGCCUCCUGUAAUUGGAACAGAAGCUGUAUUUCCUACAACUGCUCCAGGACAACUUGAAGGAAAUAUCAAAACUGUGACAGAGGAGACUCAACCUGGUCUUGUGCUCCCUUUUGAGCCAUAGGUGGUGA